AUGACUCAGAUCGCUCCCAUAGUUAAAAACGUAAUACACACAGGACAAAAAUACAUUCCUAUAGCAAAUGGUAGCAAGGUCCAUUUCCAUUUCCAAACAUGGCAACUUGGAAAGGAGAGAGUUCUUUUGGACGAUAGUAGAAAGAUAGGAAAGAAAGAGCCUAUGGUUUUAGUCAUAGGGCAUAAGUUUAAACUGGAGGUAUGGGAAACAAUAGUCAAGAUGAUGGCAGUUGGAGAAGUAGCUAGUUUUGUUGUGAAAAAAGAGCUAGUCUUCAGUUACCCAUUUGUAUCAAAAACAUUGCGGGAGCUAGGACAAGAUCAACAUAAAAUAAAACAUUCAUGUACCAUGACCCUGCAGACUGAAGGCCUAGGCCAUCCCGAUUUAGAUCACUUGAUGAAAAACCCAUGUGAUUUGGAAUUCAUCAUAGAAAUCCUCAAAGUAGAGAGAUCUGAUGAGUAUGAAAGAGAAAUGUGGCAGCUGAGCACUGAGGAACGCACAGAAAUGAUCCCAUCACUCAGAGAGAAAGGUAACAAGCUGUAUAUGCAAAAGAAGUUUGAAGAAGCUGAAGAAGCAUAUGGUCAAGCUUUAGGCAUUUGUGAACAGCUCAUGCUUAGGGAAAGAAAAGGUGAUGAAGAAUGGGAAACUCUUAACAAAAUUAAGCUUCCUAUAUUAUUAAAUUAUGCUCAGUGUAAACUCAUCAAAGGAGAAUAUUAUCCUGUCAUAGAACACUGCAGCACUGUCUUGGAGUAUGAUAGAGAUAAUGAGAAAGCUUUAUACAGAAGGGCCAAAGCACACAUAGGCGCUUGGAAUCCAGAUAUGGCACAAGAAGAUUUUAUUAGAUUGAAGUCGAUAAAUCCGUCCAUGGGAAAGAUAGUAGACAAAGAAUUAGACAAUAUCAAAAAACUUAGAAAAGAUAAAGAAAAUAACGACAAAAAUGCUUUAAAAAAUAUGUUUAUUAGCAAUAAUGGGGCCCCAUAG